CCAGUCAGUUGAAAUCCAAUCUCGAUACCAUUCGGAUCGUUAGGCAGUACCAAAUUCCAAGUAAAUUAUUUCUUGAAAAACAUUUCAAAUUCCGUACAAAUUAUAAGAGGCACAAUGGUGUGGAACGCCCUCAACUUUUGGGAUGGUCAGCCUGUUACGUCGCCCGUUUAUCCGCAGAUGGGGGACCUAUGGAACCCCAAUACCUCGGGAUACCAGCGGUUACACCAUGCUCCGCCCAGCCAACAUAGCCAUCAUAACCAUCUAAGCCAUCUAAGCCAUCAGAAUCAUCAGAACCAACCGAACCCGGGUUGCUGUCGGCAUCAGCACCAGUAUCAGCGCAUGGACAUGGGGGACUAUCGCCAGAUGAGCUGUCCUAUGCCGAACUACUUUCCUCAGAUGCGGGAGCCCGGCUUGGACGAUGGAGAGGCUUUCUGCGCCUACAAUGGAAUGGAGAUGAACCAGGCCUACAGCGGGGGACUACGACCUGGUGCUGGACCUGGAGCUGGAGGCCAGGGCGACUUCUGGUAGAGGCUGGACGACCACUACUUGGCGUAUUUUACUGAACUUUCUGUGCGUUUGGUCUUUGGAACGAUUAAAAUGUUUUCUUGAAGAGUGAA